UUUCGAACUUUUCUAUUUUGUUUUACCAACACUUUUAUAAACUAGAAUUCAAAAGUUAACUUUGUUUAUAAUUUAUUCUGCCAUGCUGAAUGAUUGACUGAUGGGAGACAGUUAUCGAUAAAAGACGCAACCCUGGGCGCUAAAGCUAAAGAACUGCACUUUCUACACUAGCAGGAAGAACACGUGUUUUUAUACUUUGGUAAAAAUGAGCGAUGACGAGAAGGGUGGCGGCUUCUUGAGCAAACCAGUGAUCAUCCAGGACUACUUGCUGCGGCGCAAGAUCGGGUCCGGAUCCUUUGGGGAUAUCUUCAUGGCGGAGCACAGAAUCACUGGGGAACGCGUCGCCAUCAAAAUGGAACGAAAUGAUGCCAACCAGUCGCAGUUGUACUUUGAGUUUAAGCUGUACAAGAUCAUCCAGAGCGGAAUGGGAAUACCGAGGGUGCGCGAGUUCAAGUCCGACGCCCGCUACAAUAUGCUAGUAAUGGAGCUGCUGGGUCCCUCGUUGGAGGAGAUGUUCGUAUACUGUUCGCGUCGCUUUUCCCUAAAGACGGUGCUUAUGCUGGCAGACCAGAUGAUUGAACGGCUGGACCACCUUCAUUCGCACCGCUACCUACACCGCGAUGUUAAGCCGGACAACUUCCUUAUGGGCGUGGGCGCCAACCAGCACCGGGUAUAUAUGAUCGACAUGGGAUUGGCUAAAAGCUAUUGGAACAAGAUGAGCAACAAGCACGUGGCCUACAGGGAAGGGCACCGUCUCACCGGCACCGCUCGCUAUGCCUCUAUCAAUGCACUUAAUGGAUGCGAGCAAUCACGGCGCGACGACCUGGAAGCCGUGGGCUAUGUUUUAAUGUACUUCCUUCGAGGGAGCUUACCUUGGCAGGGCCUAAAGGCGGUGGCGAAAAAGCAGCGAUACGAGCUCAUAGCCGAGACCAAGGCCUCUACCCGUUUGGAGGAACUGUGCUUAGGCUUUCCGGAAGAGUUCGCGUCCUAUAUUGGGUACUGCCGUGCCUUGGGUUUCGAGGAGAGGCCGCAUUACUCGCACAUACGGCGAAAUUUUGCCGAUCUAAUGCAUCGCCAAAAAUUCGUUAACGACUGUAUCUAUGACUGGAACCUGCUCAAAAUGUCCGACGAAAAUAAGAAAGAAGCGAAUAAAUUGGAGGUUAAGGAGGAUACUGAAGUAGUAGCCGUACACGUGCCAGCCUGUCAGAAAUGCCAAUUUAAAAUACACAAGCUGCCGGCUAUCAAAAAUGAGUCCAAUUAACAAAAACUGGGAUUUGUGCAACGUUUGCAUUCUGGACAGAUUCCUGAAACUGCAACUGCAACAGCCGCUUCAGAUUAAGUUGAAGCUGAAGCAGUAGCAGCUGCCAGAAAUGUCUAUCAGAAUGGAUGGCAGCCGAAGUUGAAUGCCAGGGGUGCUUGGGUGAGUGCUGGGAGUAGCUACAUCGAACAAAUGAAAACGUACCAAAUGACAGCAUCCAAUUUACGUUUGCAAUUAAACUGACACCGAACAGACACUUGAUUUAGUCCGAAGGUUGCCCUCAGACCAGGCAGCCUUUCAAGUUAUUUCGCUGUCCAAGGUUUUGUGAUGCAUGUAUGCAGCUAUUUGUAU